UUGUCAUUCUGAAAUUAGACCGGCCACCCUGAAGAACCGGUACUGGUUCAGCCGGUUCACCGAUAUGACAUCUGCUUGUGAAUAACGCAAAAUGAAACUAAGAAAAUGCGUAAAUUUGCCGCAUACUCCGUAUAUAAAAAACCCAAAACGGGAAAGAGAAAGUGAUAAGCGUCUGAGAUGGGUGUGACGAAGGAACAAGUUGAAUCUUCUUUGAAAUCCAAACUCAACCCUACUCACCUGGAAGUAGUUGAUACAUCUGGAGGAUGCGGUGCAAGUUUCGUAGUUGAGAUUGUAUCAGAAGAAUUCGAAGGCAAGAGGCUACUGGAGAGGCAUCGAAUGGUGAAUGCUGCGUUGGAGGAGGAAAUGAAAGAGAUUCAUGCUCUCUCUGUCAAGAAAGCUGUCACCCCAGAGCAGUGGAAACAGCUGCAGCAAGACUCCAACCAAGCAAUUCCUGCUGCCUAGGAUCAUGUCUUUUCAGUUACAAUAGGGUAUAAAUAAGAAUCCAUGGAUGAUUCUAGUUGUAUUUAUCUUCACUAAACCCAAGUUUACAUUAUUAGUAUGUAUGAACUUAUAAAUGAUUCAUGUUUUUAAUUU